GGUGACCCGGGGCUGCCCCGGGCAGUGCGGACCGUCCCGGACUACGAGUCCCAUGCUCCCCCGCGCGGCGCGCUGACGUCAGACGCCGCGCUGGCCUUAGCCCGCGCACCCGGAUGUGAGUCCCUUUUGCUCCCCCGGAAGAUGGCGGGCGAGAAGGCGCCGGAGAAGAAGCCAGGUGAGAAGAAGCCGGCCAAGAAGAAGGGAGGGGUGAAGAAGCCGGCGGAGCAGAAGCCAAGUCAGAAAGCAGCUGGGGACAAGAAGAAGAGGGUGAAGAAAUACCAUGCCAGCCGUAACCCCGUACUGGCCCGGGGCAUCGGGAGGUAUUCCCGCUCUGCCAUGUACGCCAGGAAAGCCCUGUACAAGCGCAAGUACACGGCCCCAGAGACAAAGAUAGAGAAGAAGAAGAAGGAGAUGCCCCGUGCCACCAUCACUAAGCCAGUGGGUGGAGACAAGAAUGGAGGCAGCCGGGUGGUUAAAAUCCGGAAGAUGCCCAGGUACUACCCCACGGAGGACGUUCCCAGGAAGCUGCUGAGCCAUGGCAAGAAGCCCUUCUGCGAGCACAAGCGGCGCCUGCGGGCAUCCAUCACCCCCGGCACGGUGCUGAUCCUGCUCACCGGCCGGCACCGCGGCAAGCGUGUUGUGUUCCUGAAGCAGCUUGAUACUGGCCUUCUGCUUGUAACAGGCCCCCUGGCUGUCAACCGUGUGCCUCUGCGCAGGGCCCACCAGAAAUUUGUUAUUGCCACAUCCACAAAGGUGGAUCUCACUGGGGUGAAAAUUCCCAAGCAUCUCACGGAUUCCUACUUCAAGAAGAAGAGGCUGAGGAAGCCCAAGCACCAGGAAGGAGAGAUCUUUGACACUGAGAAAGAAAAAUAUGAGCUGACGGAGCAGCGCAAGACAGACCAGAAGGCCGUGGAUUCCCAGAUCCUGGCACGGAUCAGGAAGGUGCCUCAGCUCCGGGGGUACCUGCGCUCCACGUUCUCUCUCUCAAAUGGAGUUUAUCCUCACAAAUUGGUGUUCUGAGCCUUCUGCAAGCACCACAUUAAACUCCAAGGGAAAAAA